UUGAUAAACACAAAUUUUCACCGAAACAUCAUCACACGUGGAUAAAAAUUAAUUUUAAUCCGCAAAAACAAUGCUCAAGCGGUAUCUUUUGUGGUUCGCACACGAUCACGGCCCUAUUCAGAUCCAGCCGUUUCGAAAUGCAGAAUUGGCAAGUCUCAUCAAACUCUUGGGCGUGAAGUUAAAUGUCGUCACAGACCUUGAAGACAAGAAACCCUUCAUGAUUGUCGAAGCCACGAACGACGAAGAACUCAAAAAAGUGGUUUCGCGGUCGUUUACUAUGCGAUACGCCAUCGAGUUGUGGGCUCAUGGGAAGACCGAACCCGAAUUCCAGCAAAAUCUCAAAACUUUUUACAAAAAUCACGACUACGACGACACACAAACGUUCAAAAUCAACGUCGAGUCGUUCAAUAAUCACAUUCCGCAAGUGGAAAAGGUGAAAAAAAUCGACAGCUUGAAAUUUAUGGACUUUAAGGGGAAAGUCGACUUGAAGCAGCCACAAAAUGAAUUUUAUUACAUCGAAUAUUUCGGACAUGAGCGAAGUGUGGUGACAGAAAAGCCGCUUGAUUACAUCUUUGGACGAUGGAUUGUGAAUGGCAAUCGGAGUGUCGUGAAGGAAUUAUCGCUAAAAACGCGAUAUUUCAUCGGAAAUACCACAAUGGACCCAUUUUUGGCACUUUUGAUGGCAAAUCAGGGUUUAGUCAAAAAACACGAUUUUGUUUUUGAUCCAUUUGUCGGCAGUGGCGGCAUUUUGUGUGCUUGUGCCAAAUUUGGGGCUUACGUGAUGGGCACUGAUAUCGAUUUUCUCAUGUUGCAUGGACGGACAAAGCCUUCGCGGAAAUAUUGCAAGGAACGGAAGUCCGACGAAAGUAUUUUAGCGAACCUCAAACAGUAUAAUUGCGAAAAAUUGUACGUGGAUGCGCUUGUGGCAGACUUUUCAGCGGAAAUUUGGUCCGAUAAGCUGGAGUUUGACAGUAUAAUUUGCGAUCCGCCGUAUGGCGUGCGGGAAAGUAAUGCCAAAGUUGAGAAGAAACAGGCUCGGAAACCGGAAGCUUUUAUCUCGGAGGAGCAUUAUCCGUCGACGAGCAAGUACCAGUUGUCACAACUGUACAAGGAUUUAGUCAAAUUUUCGGCGAAACAUUUAAAAAUCGGGGGAAGACUCGUUUUUUGGCUUCCCGUUUAUCGCGAAGAUUAUUCCGAGUCACAACUGCCACGACACAAAAGUCUCGAAAUUGUUUCAAAUUGUGAACAAAUUUUAACAACAGUUACAUCUAGACGACUUUUAACAUACGAAAAGGUAUCAAAGUAUGUCGAAGAUGCCAUGGACAAUGAAGAAGACGAGAACUCAGGUCUUGAUAAUUUCAGACAAAAAUGGUUCACGCACGUUUUAGAAAAAAGAAGUAAAAAAGACGAAGACGAAGUCGCCAAGAGAAAAGCAGCAAAUAGUUCCUAGCAUUUUGUUUGAACAAAAUAGACAAAUAAAAAUUACAAAAUCGAGACGAGAGACAAAAGAAUCACUUUCUUCAUUAAAAUCACUUACACUUUCAAUUUCAUUCAAAAAAAGACAAAAUGGUGUAAAAAGUUAAGAAAAAAAGUGAUUUUGUGUGUUUUUCUGCCUCGAUAGUUUUAGUUGUCAAGUAACAAAAAAGUGUAUUUGUCGUUACACGUUUAUGGUUGCGACUCGUCUAAAUAUGUGGAUUUAGGAAAGUGAUAUCAUAUCUCAU